AUGCGUCCCCGCGACGCAGCCACCACCCCCAUCCGCAAGAUCAACCUCCGGCCCUUCUGGGAGUGGCGCUUCGAGAUCCCGCACAACUCCACCGUCGCCGUGCGCCUCGUCUCCGGCACCGCAGAGCGCGACGGCACCGAGCUCGCCCUCAACGUGACCUACAAGCUCCGGGGCACCAAGUCCAAGAUCCUGACCUGGCGCGGCUGCGAGAUCGAGUUCGAGCCCGCCGGCGAUUUCGACGAGUAUGUGGCCGAGUACAUGGGCCCCGACGAGACGCCCCAGGUGUCCUACCUGAACCUGCACUUCCUGCUUGACGGCCUGCGGAGGGAGGCGAGGGCCAAGAACGCGACGGGGCCCCGGGUCCUGAUCGCGGGCGCCAGGGAUGUCGGCAAGACGAGCCUGGCGCGCACCCUGGCGGCGCUGGCGGUCAAGUCUGGAGCGCAGCCGGUCGUGGUCAACACGGACCCCCGCGAGGGCAUGCUGAGUCUGCCCGGGACCCUCACUGCCGCCGUCUACGCCACGAUUAUGGACCUGGACGGCGAGGGUACCAACGGAUGGGGUGGCACGCCCACCAGCGGGCCGUCUGGUGUGCCCGUGAAGCUGCCCAUCGCGCAGUAUUACGGUUGCCAGAGUCCCGCGGACGAUGUCCAGUUGUACAAGGAGCUUGUGUCGAGGCUGGCUGGGUCCGCAACGGCCCGCAUGGGCGGCGACGUGGACGUCAAGAGCUCGGGGAUGAUAAUCGACACGCCAGGCAUCAGCUCCUCCGGCCAGAUCGAGGCAGGGGAUUUGGACGUGUUGGGGCAUGUGGUCGACGAGUUGUCAGUUAAUAUUAUUGUUGUUUUGGGCUCGUCUCAGUUACACACAGAGCUACAGAAGCGCUUCGCGAGGGAAAAGACCACCCUGGGCGAGCCGAUCGCAUUGGUGAUGCUCGACAAGUCGCACGGUGUGGUCGAGAGGGAUGAGGGCUGGAUGAAAGCUAUGCAGGAGGCUGCCAUUAAGGAAUACUUCUUCGGCGACAGCAAGAGGACUCUGAGCCCCUUUACACAGCAAGUGGAUUUUGAUGCCGUAGCUAUCUACCGUAUUCCCGAGCCGAACGAGCAUGGCAGUGAAGGAAGAGGACUUGAGAAAAUCGAGCCCACGCCAGCCCUGUCUCACUGGACCUUAGCAGUCAUGAACGCCUCCGUCGGCGACUCCCCGGAAAGCAUACGGACAGCGCCGGUGCUGGGAUUUGUCUACAUCUCCGACGUUGUCAAGGAUAGGAGGAAGCUGAGCAUGCUGACGCCUGUGAGCGGCAGACUUGGAAAGCGGCCGUUGUUAUGGGGAAACUGGCCAGAGCAAUUUAUCAACCUCUUGGGAUGA